AUGGACUCGAAGUGGGCGUUCCUCCAUCCAUGGCUGUCUACUUUACGGGCUAGCAUGCUACUGUACGGAGAGCUCGAGCCUGGAUCCCCGCGAGCUGUCAAUCCAACCCUGUUUUACCUCCGACUUUCCGUGGAUGAACUCAAUCGACAAGAUCGAAAGCGUGUGCAGCAUCUUCGCGAAGCGAUUGAGCUGAUAUCGGCUGUGGGUGUAGUCGAUAACAAGGCGUACACGGAUCUGAUGGGUCGACACUUUCACAUACCCGCUGUCAAUGCCAGAUAUGGUGUUCAGCUAUCACCCGCAAUGGAUAUUUUGCUUCUUCGGUACUUUACCGUCUCGAGACCCCGCUGCAACGCAGUACCACACGACCCCUCGAUGAACUCAACGGAGUUUCGGGAAGCCAUGGACAAGUUGGAAGCAAUGGGACUGAACGAGGCUCUGAAGCUGUACGACUUCAGCGAAUUCACUCUCGAAUGGGACAUCAAGAACUCAACUGUCAAUGCUGAAGGUCAAUGCGAAGCUGACCCACCUGGAGAUGCACCGAAGCCGCUCUCAACUCAGCUGAAGAAGCUUCUUGACGCCGACGUACCUCCCGUAGUUCAGUUGUUCGCGACUGGAAAUGCUGAGAAUGUCAUGAAACGUUUGCACAAAACACGUCUGGCGACUUAUGCUCCCGUGGCGUCUACACCAGCGCCACAAAGCUGCCGUAGGUCGACAAAUGCCCAGUCAGCAUCGAGCUCAAUAAUCCUUAUUGAUCAUCUGGACUUCUCACAACCAGGGAUCCCCGCGUUGACGACAGCGCUGGUACGAGCUGCUACACAGUGUUUGUCGCUUGAGUAUGGUAGGAGUGACGAUCCUGACAGAGUGGACUCUACGAUGAACGCUGGGUAUUUACUGAGUACACUGCUCUGUGGGCGCUCAACUUGUGGAAAAACGUUAGGAAAUCUCAAUUUCCCGCCCAUCACUCGUGACGUGGAGUAUGACGAGCUGAACUUGAAGUGCGACUGGUUGUCGAACACAAUAAUCGCAGCGACCUGUUCUGCCGUGGCGGAUUUGGGCUUGAUAAGGAAAGUAGACAGGCUCGACAUUUCAGGAGCACAAUCUACCACUCAGGAUCAACUGGUGUGGGUACUGUAUGCGCUGACUUGUGGAUCGUCAAAUUUCUCGAUGGAAGAGCUACACAUUGGAGAUGUUUGCUUGACAAAAGAUCUGAGGGUUUCAUGUGUGAUGGAACGGGUUCUCUGA